AUGCGCCCUGCUUCUGCUCGUGUUACCCGAGGCCGCAGCUCGCCGCACCCCCUCCCGCGCCGCCGCCGCCGCACCGCUGUUUCUCAGGGCCCAGCGCCCGUCGACCACCCAUGCCGCCUCCCGCUCGAGCUCCUCCCCCGCGAAUAUGCUGCUGCGUCGGUCCGCAUUGGCCCUACUGAGGUACUGAAGCUGGUCAUCUCCCACCAUCAGCAAACCGACCUCACGUACGAUGAAUUGGAUCGAGCAAGCAAUGCCCUUGCCCGAGGGUUGCAAAAUCUUGGGGUGAAGAAAGGUGACCGUAUCGCCGUGUCUUUGGGCAACAACAUUGAAUAUGCAACUGUGACCUAUGCACUCUUCAAGCUCGGCGGUAUCCUCGUCCCUCUAAAUCCAGCCUUCAAUGCUGCCCAGGUCGUAUCCGCGCUCUCCCAUCUCGAGGCAUCGCACUUGAUCAUCGGCACCGAGACGAAUCUUCCCCGCAAGGAGCCACGAUCCAAUGUUCCGCUUUUAACUCACCUGCUGCCCAACCUUCGGGGCAACUCAGGGAUCGAGUCAGAGCUCGUCCCCUCUUUGAAGGGAGUUGUAAUUGUGGACAACUCCGACGGUCGAGUUGAUCCUGAUGAAUUCCCCUGUUUGACCAAAUUUGAAGAUGUUGCACCCCGAGGAAUUGAAGCCCAGCUACCUCUUCCCGAUCAAAUGCUCCAUCCCAAUGACAUCAUAAAUAUUCAAUUCACCUCAGGCACGACCUCUAUGCCAAAAGCAGCAUGUUUGACACACCGGUCGAUUCUGAACAACGGCAACAGCAUAGGAGACAGGAUGCUUUUAACGCCAGAAGACAUUGUUUGCUGUCCACCUCCCCUCUUCCACUGCUUCGGCUGCAUUCUCGGCUACAUGGCAACUGCCACCCACGGCUCAACCAUCGUCUUCCCCACCGAGUCCUUCAACGCGGAAGCCGCGCUGCGCGCAGUGCAGCAAUAUGGCGCCACCGCGCUCUACGGCGUGCCUACCAUGUUCCUCGCCGAGCUUGAGCUGCUCGCUUCGGGCGCCGUGCCAGCAACAGGUCUCUCGCAGCUCCGCACGGGCAUCGCGGCCGGAAGCUCCAUCCCGGCGGAACUGAUGCGGAAGCUGCACCGCGUGCUCAAUCUGACCGAGCUCACCAUCUGCUACGGCAUGACAGAAACCAGCCCUGUCAGCGCGAUGACGACGACCGACGACCCGCUGCAGAAGCGCAUUGAGACGGUCGGCCGCUUGCUGCCGCACGUCACAGCCAAGGUCGUGUGCCCGACGGAUCGGACGAAGGUGCUGGGUGUGGGCGAGAGAGGCGAGUUGGUUGUGAGCGGGUACUUGACGAUGAAGGGGUAUUGGGGCGACGCGGAGAAGACGGCGGAGGUGUUGGUGCCGGAUGAGGUGGGGAAUAUGUGGAUGCACACGGGCGACGAAGCCAGCAUUGAUGCCGACGGCUACGUCUCUAUCACCGGCCGCAUCAAAGACCUCAUCAUCAAGGGCGGCGAGAACAUCCACCCGCUCGAAGUCGAAAACUGCCUGCUCGCCCACCCGGCCGUCUUCGAGGUCUCUGUCGUCGGCCUGCCGGACGAGCGCUACGGCGAGGUCGUUGCCGCUUUCGUCAUCGUACACGAAGGCAUGGAGGGGAGCGUGGACGCGGACGGGAUCCGGGACUGGGUCAGGCAGCUGCUCAGCCAUCACCUCGUCCCCAAGUACGUGUUUUGGACGGAUGGCCUCCCCAAGACGGCGAGCGGGAAGAUUCAGAAGUUCAAGUUGAAGGAGGAGGGGGUCAAGUUGGUGGCGGAGGGAAAGGGGUUGGAGUAG